AUGCUUUUUACGUGCACUGCGUGUGGCGGUGCUACCACAGAUGAGGUGUGCCACAAAUGCAUCUCGCAGCCGAGCAGCCUUCCACAAGAGGCGUGUAGUCACCGCUCCCACCUCACUGAUGAUUCGCCGCAGAGUUUUCAACAGGAACAGCAGGAGGCCACCCCUGUUAUGCCACCGACGACACCGCGCAACGGUUACUUUGCGGGGCGAUGUGUUGUCGAAGAGGGGUCGACAGUUGGGCAUGAGCUCAUUGACCAAAACAGUAUCAAGCAGUCACCCAGUUUGAUGCCAGGUAUGUCCUCCCCGUUGCAAAAGAAUUCAACUAACAACACUUAUGAGGAGAGAGUGGGGGGCAGUAAUGUAGUUUUGGCUGCGCAUGAAAAUGUGCCUACAGUGAUGAAAUUUCCUAAAAACAGACGAGUCUCAACGCUUUGGAAAAUAAGGGCCACUAAGCCGCUCUCUAGUAGGAACAUAACAAAGGUAUGCUGUGUAGAGUUUGAUGGCGAAGGCUGGGGCAGCAUACUGACAGACCACGAAGACGGACUCUACGCAGCGUUACAGUUCGACAUUUCUAACGCUCUGUUCUUCACAUGCUCUUUUUCCUUCAGACUAAUGAAGACGAGCAGCGGAUUUGUCGUGUAUUGCACCAUAACAUACCCAGCACAUGUUGGCGACGACACCGUAUACCACAGCCUUGCUGACUAUCACUUUCCAGUCACACGACGGCUAUACCAGACCCGGUUACUCCGAGGUAAGUUAGGCUUGCCCAUGCAGAAUCUUAACAAGCGCAUUCAAAAACCUGCCGCCUCAUCCGCUUUUAGCGUUAACGAGGAUUCAAUAAAUAGUUUGACAGGAAUCGGAUUCUGCACGUUCAAUGAGGUACCACAUCCUUCUUUACAAACGACACAACGUCCUACAAGUGUGUCUACAGGCAGCAAACCGAAAGAGACGUCUCUUGUUGAUUCAACUAGACCUAACCUACGGAGCCACAACGUUGAUAUGAGAAGCAUCACUACAUCCACUACAGCACGAAAUGCACUUUCAGACCAAACAGCAAACCACACUCAGUCCAAAUCAGGCAGUUUACAAGGACAACUAGAGAGAGGAUCAGUGCAAUCAAUCCACUCACACACAGACAGGGAAGGUUAUCUUUCACCAACAAACGACUGCUCCAGAACAAUAAAAUCUACAGACAUCCCAUUCAUACAUCCUACAACAAAAGAAGUGUGCAGCUUGACGUCCGCCCCCCAAAGUGUUGCCCUGCGGUCUGGUGACGAGCGUCUCAUGAGUGUGAGGUCGUUUGGUGUUGGAAGCAUCCCAGACACAGUGAUGGGAUCAGGGCGCAGCUUGACGUCCGCCCCCCAAAGUGUUGCCCUGCAGCCUGGUGACGAGCGUCUCAUGAGUGUGAGGUCGUUUGGUGUUGGAAGCAUCCCAGACACAGUGAUGGGAUCAGGGCGCAGCU